AGUCGAUGUGCUUACAGGAGUUGAGGAGUAGCUCGUAGGUAACGGUAACAGCAUAUCAACCUGGUCGAAGGAAAUUCGCUUAUCUUCCAGAAUUCGGUCAGAGCUGUUUAAUUUUGUUUCAUCGGAACCUUCGUCCAGUUAAAUGUCCAAUUUCACGAAUGUUUCCGAUUUUGAAUUGAUGCGAAGGCGAGAACUCCAACGACGCACUUAACUAUUUCAGCUGUAUAAAAAAAAAUGAUUCUCUAUACUGCCUUCGGUAAAGUAAAAUCGUCGGCUUUUUGGAAUUCCAACUCGCUAUUGGGGGCCUCGAAACGACCCCAUAAACGCCUGGGCACGAAUUGACGUUUUAGUCAUGGAUUUCGAUGCGGACGUUAUCAAUUGGACGGCCGACGACGUUUCUGGAUGGCUCUCCAACAAAGGCUUCACCAAAUACAGUGGCAUCUUCAAAGACAACAAAAUCGACGGGAAGGCACUUCUGCUCAUCGAUGAAAACGACUUGAAAUCACCGCCUUUAAACAUAAAAAUCCUUGGAGAUGUGAAACGUUUAAAUUUAGACAUCAAGCAGUUGAAAGUAGAAUCGUCACAGACCCUGAUUGACAGUGGCUAUGAUCCACAGACCCUACUUCAUGGCACCAGCUCCAAAUUAUUUCACACGUACUACCAUCAAAGAUUUGAAGAUCCCAUUCACUUUAGGUACUGCAAUUCAGAUAGUCUAAUCGAUGAUCGACAUGUCCAUUCAAGCAGAUCUUCAGAAGAUAGCCAUGCGACAACACUUCGUCCUGAGUUGUGGAAAGCUUUCAUUGCUUUGACGUACUGUUUCGUUGUUACAUGGAUCACUGCAUUUGUGAUGGUGAUUGUUCAUGAAAGGGUCCCAGACAUGAAAAAAUACCCCCCUCUACCCGACAUUUUUCUUGAUAAUGUACCUCAUAUACCCUGGGCUUUCCACAUGUGCGAGUGGACUGGAACUCUCCUUCUCUUUAUAUGGAUCGGAGUCCUUAUUUUUCAUAAGCACAGGUUUAUAUUGCUGAGAAGAUUUUUUGCAUUGUCUGGAACUGUCUUCCUUCUCCGGUGCAUAACCAUGUUAAUAACAUCCCUUUCAGUUCCUGGUACACAUUUGGAAUGUAAUCCAAGACCUAGUGCAUACAGGGAAGAUGGUAGUUCUGAUAUAUUAUCUAAGAUGCAUGCUGCCUAUGAAAUUUGGAAAGGAGCAGGAAUGUCAAUACAAGGUGUCAGGACAUGCGGAGAUUAUAUGUUCAGUGGCCAUACUGUUGCGCUUACGAUGCUAAAUUUCUUUAUUACCGAAUAUUCUCCGAGAGACAUUUAUCUUUUACACACAUUCACCUGGCUGCUGAACAUGUUCGGCAUAUUCUUCAUCCUCUCAGGACAUGAGCACUAUUCUAUAGAUGUUUUCAUCGCGUUUUACAUAACGUCCCGCCUCUUUCUUUAUUACCACACUUUGGCAAACAACCAAUCGCUAAUGCAGAGGGACCAGGGUAGGACUCGCAUCUGGUUUCCACUGUUCAGUUUCUUCGAAUCUGAUGUAGAUGGCAUCGUGCCAAAUGAAUAUGAGACUGGAUUAGAGAUAAUAAACAAUAUAAUUAAUUUCUUUGUUUCCAGUGCAAAGUAUGUGAUGCUUGUUUUCCAGUCGAACCUAACAAUAAAGCGUGGUUUGACGACACGUAAUAGCCCCUCUACAAAUAGUAUUAAAAAACAUAAAAAGAAAUGAUGGUUAAAACAUAACCGUAAUAAACAAAAUGCCACUAUGCGAUACAUGUGAUAUUCUAUAUUAA